AUGUAUAACCCAUCCACGUUCAGAGUUAGCGAGGGUUGUUUUCCCAGCAGGACGCAACUGCAGACAUUUCCCAUGUCUACACAACAGGUCGCUCCACUCACUCACCGGACGUCCGCAGUUCCCAAGGAAGCGCAUGACAUAUUCGUACCCGAUGACCAACGCCAUUUUGACUCUGAAGCAAGCACCAUCCCUCGUCAUAAUGAAGAGUCUCCGACACAUGACAGCAUCCCCCCGUCGCCAACUUCUUCACUAACUUCAGAUAUUGACGACGAGGACCCCUCCACAUCAACUUCCACCCAACAAAAUCGACAGUUUUCCAACAAGAAGCCUCCCUAUUCCUAUGUGGCUCUCAUCACCAUGGCCGUCGAGAGUUCCACUACAGGCAUGAUGACUCUCAACGACAUCUACAACUACAUCAUCAAGAGAUUUCCCUACUACCAAGACAACCAACGGAGAUGGCAGAACUCCAUCAGACACAACCUCUCCCUCAAUGAUUGUUUCGUCAAGGUGCCCCGACCUCCAGGGAAACCAGGCAAGGGUAACCUGUGGGCUCUGCAUCCAUCGUGCGGGGACAUGUUCGGUAACGGUAGUUUCCUUCGUCGUGCUAAACGUUUCAAGUCAGGACACAAACAGCGACAAGAUGAAGCCACUGUCCAACGUCUUACUUCUUAUGGUCUUUCAGGUGUAUAUGGAGGUCAGUCCCCCUAUCUUGGUUUCAACCCCCUGAGUCUUGCCCCCUUUCCCCGGUGCCUGGGGCAGCCACACCCAUACGCCACAUCGAGCAAGGCUGAUUCCAGUCCUUGGACCAUGGGAUCCCCUACAGUCUACUCUCCAUCAGCCGGCUACUACAACCCCAGCAGCAUCAACAGCUCCCUGACCGGCUCCCCUUUCUCCAGCUCUCCCCCGGGAAACUCGACCCUGGGUACUGUAAUGACAUCCAUCUUGAAGUCAUACGAAACGCAACCCCACACCAUCGCUGAGCCAUCAUUUGCUCCUGGUGAUAUGCCUUGUUACGACUUCUCCAUACGCGACAACGGCCGUCGGUAA